AUGGAUCAUCAAGCAAAAACAGAAAAUGACCAGGAGAUAAUUAAGAGUUUGACAAACGAGGCGGAUGCCUCAUUAAAGAGCUUGGAAUGGCUUGACACUUUUGUUAUAGGAGCUAUGGAUACAGGGACGUCAUUUCCUGACGAUCAGAGGGACCUGGGUCCUCCAAAAGGCUUCAAAAUUCCCAACUUUGAUCACUUUAAUGGGUCGGGCAAUCCCAGAGCUUACUUGAGGGCUUAUUGCAACCAGUUGGUUGGAAAUGGCAGAAAUGAAGCCUUGCUCAUGAGGUUGUUUAGUCGAAGUCUGUCAAGAACAGCUAUGGAAUGGUUUAUCUCUCAAGACAUUAGCCGAUGGAAAACAUGGGAAGAAAUGAAAUUGACUGAAACCUACAGAGAAUAUGCCCGUCACUGGAGAGAUGAAGCGGCGCAUGUGAAUCCACCUAUGAUUGAAGUCGAGCUGGUAGCCGCAUUCAUAUGGUACCAAAAAGCCGAUUGUUUUGACAAAAUGAUAACUAUGAAUGGGAGUUCCUUUGUAGAUUUAGUCGCCGUUAGGGAUGAUAUCGAAGAUAGCCUCAAGACCGAUAGGAUUGUCAGUAUACUAAACAGAGCAGGACAAGUUGAGAAUGCACCCUUUAUGCUCAAAACGCCGCACCAAAUGAUGGUCAAUAAAGAAAAAGAGAUAGUUGUUGUGGUUCAGGGUAUGACCAGGUCAGGAAGGUGUUAUGCCCCAGAAGUACCUGUGCUCAAAGCGCCACGUCGCAAAAACCCUCAGAAAAGACCAUUCACAGAAGGCGAAGCUGAAAAACAUCUGGAGGCAAAUGCCAGUCAAGGACUACUCGAUUGUUGA